UUUCUAAAACCUCUUUUUCGUGUUCUUUAAUAAUAUUGUUGAAAGAUGUUGGCCAUAUUCAAGAAUGGAUCUGUUGAUCCACCGAAGGAGCUCAACAGUCCAGCUUCAGUACAAACAUCCUCCUCCUCCCUCAAGCCAAAGCUCCCCAAUGAGAUCCUAAACAAUUUCUUGUAUUCUCAUUCUAACAAUGGCUUCUCAAUGGGUUUUGCAGAGAAAGCUCUCAUUGGUUUCUCACCUCCUCAAAACCCUUUCUCCAUUCACAAUAGGAUGUUUUGUGGAGUGGAUGACAUAUACUGUAUCUUCUUGGGCGGUUUAAGCAACCUCCCGGCUCUUCUCCGGCAAUAUGGGCUGUCAAAGGGGGCAAAUGAGGCGGUGUUCGUGGUGGAAGCGUAUAGGACUCUUAGAGACAGGGGACCUUAUCCGGCUGAUCAAGUUCUUAGAGAUAUGGAGGGAAUAUUUGGGUUUGUUGUGUAUGAUGCCAAGGCUGGAUCUGUUUUUGUUUCUCUGUCUGGUGAUGAAGGUGUGAAGCUAUACUGGGGAAUAGGAGGAGAUGGGUGUGUUGUGAUUUCUGAUAACUUGGAGGUGAUUAAAGGAAGCUGUGCCAAGUCAUUUGCCCCUUUCCCAGCUGGUUGCAUGUAUCAUAGUGAUCAUGGGUUAAUGAGCUUUGAGCAGCCAUUGAAGAAGAUGAAAGCAAUGCCUAGAAUUGACAGUGAAGGAAUACUGUGUGGGUCUAAUUUCAAGGUGGAUACAAUUUCAUCUUUGAAGAACAACAACAUGACCAGGGUUGGAAGCAGGGAUUCUAACUGUGUUAUUGAUAAUUCUCUAAUUUGCUUCAAUGGAAAUGAUUCUUUCUCAUUUGGUGGUCAUGUAGCUGGACUCGGUUUGGAGUUGUUAAACCAGUCAAACUACCGGAUAUGGAAAACCUGUAUGGAAUCGUACCUGGUCGGGGAAAAUUUGUGGGACAUCGUCGUAGACGAUGAUAAUAUAACUCCUGAGGAUGUUGCUGAAAAUGUGGAAGCAUCGAAGAAGCGGAAGACACUCAACGCGAAGGCAUAA